UUUCAGCAUUCCUGAGGUCUGGCUCAGCACUUUUCAAGAAGCAAGUCUGUGCUGUUCUCCCACGACGAAUCAGACUGGCUACUUGAUUAGCUCUGCAGCUGCAACGACCAAUCUAGUUUAGAAGAAAUUCUUUAGCUUUAGAUUGAUAUAAAAAUGAAGAUGAUUCUCUCACUUUUCUGUUUUACAGCUUUUCUUUUCUCAGGCGCUCAGGCGGCCAAGUUUGCCAAUGACUUCAACGUGACUUGGGGCAAACAAAAUGUAAAUAUCACAGGCAGCAGCAGAGGCGACGUGGUGACGUUGACGAUGACGAAAGAAAAAGGAGGAGCUGGAUUUCGAUCACUAUCACCAUUUUUGUACGGGCACUUUUCAAUGAAAAUGAAGCUGAUAAAAGGAAACUCCUCCGGGACCAUCACGGCCUUUUAUAUGUCCUCACAAGAUAAUUACAAAAAGUGGUGCGAAAUAGACUUCGAAUUUCUGGGAAAUGUAUCAGGACAGCCCUAUACACUGCAGACCAACGUGUACAUUCAAGGAGUGGGUAAUCGCGAACAACAAAUCUACCUCUGGUUCGAUCCUACAGCUGCGCAUCAUACAUAUCGUUUUCUCUGGAAUCAGGAACUGAUUAUGUUUUUCGUGGACAACCGAGCCAUCCGAGUGUUCCAUAAGGCCACAGACCUCGGGAUCCCUUACCUUGAUUAUCAGCCCAUGUACGCCAUCGGCAGCCUGUGGAACGGAGAAGCUUGGGCUACUGAAGGCGGCCGCAUCAAAACUGACUGGACUCAGCAGCCGUUCGUCGCCUCGUACACGCAGUGGAACGUAUCCGAUUCAUGCCAAGUUCAGAACUCCACCGGUACGGCCGGUCAGCAUGCUUGCUACGAGAAGGCGCACAAGAGUUCAUACGGUCAAGCUCCUAACCUCGCCCUCACAAAGACUCAAAUCAAGUAUCUCAGAUGGGUUAGGAAAAACUACGUGAUUUACGAUUACUGCACCAAAAAUGCGACCGCAACUCCAGAGUGCACCAGGAACUGGCCUUGAGAAGUUCAGAUGUGUGCAGCUUUGAAAAGAUGAAAAGAAUACAUCUUCUGCAAUAAUUCAGGAACCGGUCUUGUUCCGAGAAAAAAACAGAUCUUAAGAAAAAUAAAAAAUAAAAACUUUGUGAAUCCGCAGCAUGUUUUUUAACUCUUGCGUGCGAGCCCCCUUUUGUUAGUAUAUAUCUGCCAUAGCAAUAUACAGAACUGUAAAAACCUGAUAUGAACCUUACUGUACAGUAUUUCCUAGUGUUCAACUACGUGGACGAAGGAGAAAGCUGAAGCCGGCUAGACUUUCAGCUUCUUUCUGGUUUAGAAGCAUGUACACGGAUGAGAAAAUUAUUCCGUGCAUUAAGUGGAAGCAGACGUAGUUUGACAAGUUAGGAAUGAAGAUGUACUGUUUUUGUAUUCAUUCUGUGAAUAUAAGUAGGUGAGGAACAUGUA